UCCGUGCAGUGUACAUCGUGGUGGUGUGGAGCUCUCGGUUUUCUUAGAAUAAAGAAAAUUCAGACCAGCACUAAGAUACAAGGAAACAAGUGAAGUGGUAUAGUACGAUAGUGUUUUAAUAUUUUAGCGUGAGUUCAAGUGACGAAUUGUUUGUGAAUUAAAAUGACUGAAACCGAGAAGAAUGUAGUUACCACGAAGACCGAGGAGGCUGAUGAAUCCAUGACCGUGGAUAAAGAGGGAAACUAUGUGCAGAAGGAUAAUGAGCACCAACGUACCAUUAACGUGGGCAAUUUGCCGAAAGAUGUCACCGAGCAGCAGCUUCGAGAACAUUUCACCGGCCAUGAAGUGGAGCGCGUCGAAAUCUAUCACUAUCAUCGCAACACGCUUGCCUUGCUGCUGUUCAAAGAUAAAGCCGCCGCCCAAAAGGCCAUCGAUGAGAAGGAUGGUAAAAUGAUGGGCGACCGCAGACUUCGUAUUAAUCUCGAGUACAUUACGAUUCGCUACACCAAGAAGGACGUGAUCGUUACGGUCGUAGACGAUGAUAUGACCGAAGAGAAGUUGUACGAUCGGGUCAAGGAACACUGCGAAGUAACGCAGGUGUUCAUUUUCCAUCCACUUGGCUACGUGCAUCUUGGUAAGGAAGCUGACAAAACGGUAGUGCUGGAGAAGCUAAACGCUUCCGGUCUGAAGGCUUACGACGUAAAUGGGCGCGACCAGAAUCAGCAUGUUGAUCUGUGGCGUGCGGCAAAGCUGUUCUUCCGCAACCGCAACCGUGUGCAGCUGCUGAACGUACCCCAAAAGUGGGUAGAGAACACCGACGAGCUUAAGAAGGCUUGCUCGGAAGCAGGUACCAUUACCGAGGCGGUCGCGAACAAUGUGAACCAGGCGGCGUCGAACUACUAUGCACGUAUCUUCUUCGAGACCGAGGAACAGGCCGCGAAGGCGGCCGAGCUGCUCAACGGAAAGGUGUUUGAAGGCAAGCGAAUCCAUGCGCUGCAUCUGUCUUCGGCACUUUUGCCCAAUUACAAGACGUCUGUCUAUGCGUCGCCGCUCGAGAAAACUGUCACCGAGGAGGACGUGUACGAUCACUUCAAGCAGUUCGGAGAGAUCGACUUCGUGAAUCGGCGCAACUGCGUAGACAACGCUAUUGUCUGCUUCAAAAGUGAGGACGCGGUGGAGAAGGCACUUGCCUGUACCACCUUCCCGGCACCAACCGAAGCGAACAAGGAGGCCACCAAAACCAUCUCGGUUAAGCGUUACGAUGGGCCGUUGGUGUUGCGCGCGGCCUGUCUCACGCGCAAACAGGCUGUUGCUACAAAGCGUUCUGCCCCGGAUGGCAAGACACGCGAACCACGGACCAUCGGUGCAGCUGGAGCCGAACGCCAGAAGACUCACAAGGACAUUCUCCAGAAACUGCAGGCAUUCUGGCCGGUGUACGUGUCCAACGUUCCGUACAGCUGCCCGUCGCACGUCAUCCGGGAUCUCUUUUCGUCGCAGGGUGGCGAAGUCAAGUUUCUGUUCUCUCCACAACAAUAUCUGACGUAUCGUCUUAGCGCUCCGCAGCCGGUUAAGACGGUAAUGCUGUACUAUACUCGGCGCAAUGACAUGUACAAUGCGUUGAAGAACUUGGACAAAAAGGCGCUACUCGGCCAUCAUCUGAAUGUUCUUCCAGGACGUGGUGAUUCCAACUUCGAACUCCAGAACACCGUGAGGCUGUCGAGAAUUAACGAGUCUCUUUCCGAGGACGUCAUUUUCCGUAAGAUGUGCCCACUAGGUAAAAUUGUACGCUUGACUAAAAAGAGUCGCUCUCUGGCAUUCGUCGAGUUUGCUGACGCUGCCGAUGUUGAGAAGAUCUUGAAGUUGAAGCAAGAAGAACUUCCGAUCAAUUGCGUCUAUUCGAAGAUCACAAAAGACGUCAAUCGUCGACUGUACAACGAGUCUGACCCACGCAUCGUUGGUACGAUUGUUCGGCUAUUGCGCCGCAAUCCUAAGAUGCUGACCAAGACAACCGGGGCAGGCCCACUAAUGAGCCGCGGUCCCAUGAAUGUCGGUGGUGGCCCCGGUAGAUUUGCCGGUGGCAAGCGCCCUCGUAUGAGCGGUCCUCCUGGUUUUGGUAAUCCACCGCCCUUCAAUCCCAAUAAUGGUGGUAACCUUAACAACAACCAAGCCAUCCAGGACCUCCUGCGCCUGGCGUUUAUGUCUGGCAAGAAUGUAGGUGAAAGCCUGGCCGCUGGCGGUGGUAGUGGCAAUCAGGGCCCGAACCGCGGUGGUGGCGGCGGCGGCAACUCGUUCAAUAACGCCGAUCCACCAAUUUCCAACCAGGGCGGCGGAAACAAUGCCUUCGGUGGUGGUGAUGGCGGCUUUGGUGCCGGCGGCGGUGGUGGCGGCGGCCGCAAUAUGAACAAUCGUAAUCAGAACAACUUCCGCGGUGGCAAUCGCAAUAAUGCGAACAGCAAUGUCGGUGGCAAUCGAGGCCUUGGCGGAGGCAAUCUUGGCAACAGCAACAACAACAAUGCCGGUGGCAAUAGCAAUUUCGGCAACAACCAGAACCAAGGCGUUGGUGGUGGUGGUGGUCCCCGCAGUGGCGGCGGCGCCCUCGGUGGUGGCAACAACGGUGGCGGCGGCGGUGGUAUGAUGAAUAACCGCAACAACAAUCCAAACAUGAAUAACCGUAAUAACAAUCAGAAUAUGAACAAACGCGGCGCCGGAGGCAAUGUUAAUGUCCAGCAGCAAGCCCCUAUGGUGGGCGGCGGUAUCGGUGGCAAUAACAAGGGGGGUGGUGGCCUGCGAGGCAACAACCAAGGUCUCGGUGGAGUAGGUGGUAUGGGGGGCACUGUUGGCGGCGGUGGUGGUGGUGGCAACAACAUGAACAUGAACCGUUCGAACAACAACAACCUUGGGGGUGGCGGCGGGGGUAUGGGCGGUGGCAAUAACCGCAACAAUCGCAACAACUACAACAACGACAGCAACUCGUCGUUCGGUGGUAGUGUUAGUGGUGGGAACAAUAAUCCGUUUGGCGGAAACAAUUUCGCCAGCGACAACUUUGGCGGUGGCCGCAACAACAAUGAUAGCUUUGCGAACGACAACUUUGGUGGUGGUCGUAACGAUAGCUACGGUAACGACAAUUUUGGUGGAAACAGUGGCGGCGGCGGUGGUGGUGGCGGAAGUGGCCGCAACAACUUUGGAAAUCGUAAUAGCGACAACUUUGGUGGUGGUCGCAAUAACGACAACUUUGGCGGUGGAAAUUCCAACUUUGGUGGCAAUUCUUAUGGCAGUGGCGGCGGCGGCGGUGGCGGUAGCCGCUUCAACAAUGAUAACGAUGGCCCCUUCGGUGGCAAUACCGGCACGGGCGGUGGUGGCAAUGCCUUUGGGCUGAACAAUCGCGGCAACAAUUCGUCCAAUAGCCGCUUUAGCGACGAUAAUGUCGGCGGUGGUGUUGGUGGCGGCGGCGGUUAUGGCGGGGGUAACAACAACCGCGGCAACAAUUUCAAUGAUGGCGGCAACUUUGGCAAUAACCGUGGGGGUGGCAACCAAAAGCCCCAAUCCCUGUUCAACCUCGGGGGUGGAGGUAGCGGGUCUGGAGGCGGCAGUGUUGGCGGCAACAAUAUGUCGUACAACAGCUUCGGCGGUGGCAACUCUGGUAAUUCGGGCGGUGGCAACUUCCGCAACGACAACAACAGCGGAGGUAAAGGCUGGGGGAUGGGAAAUAACAGUGGUGUCGCCGGAGGUCGCUCCAACAACAACCAGGACAGUGUUGGUCGAUUAGCGGGCAGUUUAUUUAGUCGCCGAUUCUAAGUUUCACCAAAUUUUCCUUCGUAAUUGGUUCAAAUCUAUGGUUUGAACCAAGUAAGGAAGAUCGCCAAAACAUUCAUCAACGAGGCGUACGACGAGACCACCGCACCGCAACCAGUCGGUCCGAACUAGCUUUGUUCACGAUCGAAGAAGAACAGGGAGGGUUCACAUGGUUCAUUAGUUUGCUUCCACCACCUUCACACACGUUCCCAUACAGAAGCCCCUCUCAUCCCCAGAAUGAUGUACUCUUUUAUUUAGAGUACUCUUUAAGGAUAGUAGGAUAAGAUCCCGUUAACAAUGCGGUGAUAACGGAGUAGUAGAUAAUUACGUUAAGUAACCGUUAAUGUUUUUUCCCUUAACAACAAUCAACCUUUUUCGUUUUCGAUUCCGACGGGAAGAAAAAUAUUGUCCUGCGAGUAGAAGGUAGCCAAUCAGUUUUACGUUUAUUUUUUGUUAUCGAUUCUACUUCUCGCAUAUGUGCUAUGUGUCCAACUUUCAUGCGUGUCCUGUUAAUCGUUUCAUGAUUGGGUUACGCAUUAUCCCAAGGAUCUUACGGGCGGUAGCAGUAGAAUAUUUGGUUUUGAGCUGUCACGCUUUUACACGUUUUAACUUAGACUUGGAUGGUAGGAUGAAGCAAAAAGGCUCAUAAGAAUAAGGUAACGAUCAAAAACACAAGAGUUCACUACUCUUUCGUCCGAGGUACGCAAGUAUUGUCUCUUAAGUGACAACACAUCUUUUAGUGGUUAAGUUCAGUUUUACAUAUAUUUAAAGUAAACGGGAUUGUGCAGAAUGUAGAACCAACCACUCACAAAUAUAACUUAAAUAAUGAACAAAUA